AUGGCUCAGUGGGUGUCUUCUGCUAUUUUGCAUUUUAGUUUCGACAGCACAGUGCGCAGCUCAUAUUACGAACGUCCGGAUUUGAACUCAACUCUCUCGGAGGUGCCGAGACCAUUGAUGACCGAAAGAAACCGAAAACCGUUCCAAACGUACUCCCGAACAUCUCGUUCGAUCGAUUCAAUCUACUCCGCAUCCUCCGGUACCACAACCAUAAGACCAAACUCGAUUGGUACUGUGGAAAUUGUCAAUCCCUCACCAUUGUAUUCACAGUACAACGACCGUCGCUUGGAACGAGCCCGAUCCGUGGACGGAUCGCUGCAGCUGAAUCCGACAUACGGACAGAAGGAAAGAGUGAUCGCGGUGCCAUCACAACCUGUGGAACGCAGAUUCUCAGAAAAUGCGAUCGGUUCACCAAUAAUUGCUCGUGAAAACAUGAACAGCCAAUACUCACCUGCCAUACACAAAAAUUCUUAUACAGAUUCACCCGGAGAAAGACGUUUCUCGAUAACGUACGAACCGGAUGCCCGCAAGGCAGUUCGCGAACGAACGGAUAGUCUGACUAGUAGAACGUCCGAUGAAUCCGCAACGGUUGUGAGAGCAACACCGAUCAGGCAUCAGAAUUCCGUCCCGAUUGUUUCCACAGGGAAUACGUUACUUUUUUCAUAA